AUGGCCAACAGCGGCGAGCCCACCAUCUUCGAUAAGAUCAUCGCCAAGGAGAUCCCGAGCGACGUCAUCUACGAGGAUAACCUGUGCCUGGCGUUCCGGGACAUCGCGCCCCAGGCCAAAACGCACUUCUUGGUCAUCCCGAAGAUCCGCAGCGGCCUGACGCAGCUCAGCAAGGCGGAGGAGGGUCACAAGGAGCUCCUCGGCCACCUCUUGUACACCGCGCAGAAAGUCGCCAAGCAGGAGAAGCUGGACAAGGGGUUCAGGGUCGUCAUCAACGACGGCGUGGAGGGAUGCCAGAGCGUCUACCACCUGCACAUCCACGUCGUGGGCGGCCAGCAGCUCUCGUGGCCGCCCGGGUGCUGA